UUUCUAAUCUGGUUACAAGAAUGGCUGCCGAUACUCGGUCAUCAGCCGAUGUCUGCUCUAUGAUCGAGAAGUUCGAGCUUGUAACUGUAAACAAUGUCCGAGAACAAAAAUCUCAAACUGGAAGAUUUCGCUACACACCCGCUGCCUUCCUAGCAUAUAUAUCACAGCGCCGACUAGCAGGCUUACUGAUUGGUCCGAUUUAUGGACUUCUUCUCUACCUCUACAUCACCCAUCUUAUACUAGCAGGACUACCCUUCACAGCACCCGACAACUCUAGCUGCAGUCCCACCAACACCUCCUGUUGGACAGCAGGACUCAACCAGACUAACAUUAACGAGAAGGCCCUGAUGAGUAAGAGAACAAGUCACCUAGUGGGAGGCGGGGUUGGUGCAGUGGUGGGGUCCGGACUAGCCCUCACCAGUGUCUUCUCUACCAGGGUGAGAUGCAACAUGGUCCUCAUUUUACCAAGUCUGCUGACAAAGCGUGGGAGAAGCUUCAUGUUCAGCUUUGCACUGGCGCUAGUGAUUGAGGGACCACUUUCCACGCUAGAACACAAUGUUCAAGAGGUAGUCCGUUCGUUCACAUGCAUGUACCACGAGAUGAAAAGUAUGGCUCAAAGGUUCGUGGAACAGUUUGUUAAAAUCAUGGAGCAGUUGAACAAUAUCCUUGUUAUGGUGAACGAUGCAUCCAAAGCUUAUCUUGCUCAGCUAGAGAAGGAUAUUGAGAAUGCGACUGCAGAAACACGAGCAGAUAUUGAGGCUACGAAACGAGACGUGGAAAAAAAGAUGAAAGAAAUGAAGGAAGCAGCGGAAAGUAUUUCAGAUGUGCUGAAUGCCCCAGGUGGUAUUCUAUCAUCUGCCUGCGAUGGUGUAACUGCGGCUGGAGGGGCUAUUCUUAAUGAGGUUGGAGGUUGGUUCUCUCGGCAUAGGAAGAGGUCUUCCAGUUCCUGUGACCCACCAAACCUAGUGGAUGUUCCAGAUGUAGAUAUAUCUGCGUUUGAUGGGAUCCCUUUGGAUGCACUGAAAAACAUUGUCCAGGACCUAAAUCCGAACUUAGACCUCAUCAAUAUGGACUUGGAUAUGCUUGCAGCGAAGAUCGAUUCAAGCAGUAUUCGAAGAAUCCGUGAGACACUUCAAGGAAUCUUCGUGCACGCUUUCGAAUCUUCGAAAGUUAUAGCGCGAUGGGCUUCCAAGAUUUUCUACAUAAGCAUUAUCCUUAUUAUCUAUGAUACAUAUGCUUACGUACUCUCAUUUAACAAGGAUGAUGCGUUCGAUAACAUGACCAUCAACCACAGUUUUAAGGAGAUCUGCGAGAAAGAGAAAAAGCCUAAGGUGACUCCGAUGAGAUGCUGGGAGCUUAAUGAGAAGUACCAUCUUGCAGUCAGCAUGAUUUUAAGCAAAAAGGAAACAAUAUCUUUGGUUAAGGAAAGUGUCCCAAGUCUCUGUGCCGCAAUUGUCAUCUCUGGCAUCCUACUCACGGACUAUCUCUUUGCUAUUACUCUCGAGGUAUUCAAAGAACAUGCAAGUUUCGGAAUCACAUUCCCUGGAAUGGAACAGGGGAUUUCAUUCGGAAGCACCCUGAAAGAAGCAGCAGGCCAGAGUCUCUCCAACACGAUAAAGAUCGAUGGAUUCGACCUCUCCACGGACGAAUGUUUGCCAAGCCCACAGAGGACGGAGACUUCUUCGAUAUGGCCUAUAUUCGCUAUUAUAAUCACUGCAUUACUUUCUUGUGUGAUCGAAGCUUACUUCAGUCGUCUCAGGCCGAUUAUCUGCAACGCUUACUACCCCCAACGAGCUCAAGAGAGGGCCGUCUUUCUUCACAAAAAAAUAAUGUCGGGAAGAAGAGCGAGGCAGCUGCAACUGGGACUCGUUCUACACAGAGAGAUGAGCUGCAGAGAACGGAAUGCGGAUUUCUCUCUGUUCCAGCGAGUUUGGCGAGUGUUCUCAACUCGGAAAGGGCCCAUAACCUACAAGACCUGUUUGGGGUGCAAGGAACCACUGAAGGAAGACAAAACUUCCACCUACACUUUCCAGCACAACGGAGAGAAAGUGAGCGCGGAGAUCUGCUCCGAUUGUGCAAAGGAACCAAACGAGUGAAGUUUGCAGUGGUAUUGGUAAAUUGUUAGCAUGUUGCAUAAGAUUCGUUAAUGUGAUCCAUAGUAAUACUAAUAGUAUGGAAACGAGCACGUUCCCAUGUAAAGAUUUGCAAUCGACAUUUGAUCAGUUUUGACUUUUGCGGUUAUUAAUAUUACGUUUUGUGGAGUGCUUUACAUUUAAAUCGGCUAUAUCUUCGGUUGGGAUGGAUAUUUUUGAUGCGAUAAAACUGAAAAUCAAAGAAAACUAUUAGCUUACUCCCUGUACUGUGACCACAGGCCUUCUAGAUUAGGUGAUACUGAUAUGUACCCAGGUAAGCCUAAACUAUUCGGUUAAAUUAUAUUGUACUUCUAUUCUUAUUGUUUUCGUAUAAAAUAUGUAUAACUCAAAGUCAGGGGUGUAGGAAGCGGGGCGAGGGGCCAAAAAGGGCCAACUUUUUCAUUUAG